GCGCUUAGGAGUAGGUAUUUUGAGAGUUUAUUAUUCUGUGAUAUUGUAAAUAUAACCUUGUCUCGCAUGCUUUUAAUUUCAAAACUGUUUUUUUCCAAUGCUCUCCGUUUAAAUAGAAUACAUUUUUCAGAAAUGAGCGUUUUUGUUCAGAAGUUGAAUCCAAUCACAGGAAUUAAUGAUUGGGUAGUUCAAAAUGAAAGUUAUGAUUACCACCAAGAAGUUGCUAGAUCAGCUUUUGCUGAUAUGCUCCAUGAUACAGAAAGAAAUCAACUGUAUGAGAAGGCUUUGAAAGAUGCAAUCGACAGGACACAUGCAAAGGGAAAAAAUGCCAACGUUUUGGACAUCGGAACAGGAACAGGAUUGCUCUCCAUGAUGGCAGCACGAAAUGGGGCAGAUUCUGUUAUUGCAUGUGAAGCUUUCAAGCCUAUGAGCGACUGUGCUUUGAAAAUAAUUGAACUAAAUGGUUUCCAAGAUAGAAUUCGUGUUAUACCGAAAAGAUCUACUGAUUUGACUGUUGGGGAAGGUGGUGAUUUGAGAGAGAGGUGCAAUAUAUUGGUCACAGAAGUUUUUGAUACAGAGUUAAUAGGAGAAGGUGCACUUUCCACGUUCAGUCAUGCUCAUAAAAACUUACUGGAGAGAGAUUCUAUAGUAGUUCCUGAGUCUGCCACAAUAUAUGCUCAGGUCGUUGAGUGUCCUCUAGUGCAGAAUUGGAACAAAGUGAAAGAUGUAUUCAAUAUGGAUGGUGAAAGUUUGAUAAAAGUGCCAGAAUCCAUAAAAAAUUGUGCUGGUUCAACUGCAGUACAUGACAUUCAACUUAGUCAACUACCUUUGAACUCGUUCAAUACGAUAGUUGCUCCCCUACCUGUUUUACGUUUUGAUUGGUCAGGUAGAACUCCUUUCAUUUAUGAAAGGUCAACUAUCAACACUGUCAAAGCUAAACAAGAUGGUAAAGCACAAGCUGUAUUUAUGUGGUGGGAAUUGCAAAUGGACACAGAGGGAAAAAUAAUCCUUAGUUGUGCUCCUUGCUGGGCCCAUCCUGCGUCAAAAACAAAAAAUGAUAUUGACAUACCAUGGCGUGAUCAUUGGAUGCAAGCUGUAUAUUACUUACCUAAAGAAGUAUGUGUUCAUAAGGACCAAGAAAUAAACUUAUUAAGCUGUCAUGACGAAUAUUCUUUGUGGUUCAAUCUGGUUGAGGAUUUGAGAAUUUCGAAUACUCAUUAUUUGAACCCCAUUUGUGAAUGUGGUAUACAUAUAACAUUUUCACGGACAAGGAUAGGUCAAAUGAAUGAUUCUAGAAGAAACAAAAAAUAUAUUGCGCUCCUUGAAAAAUAUGUUAAUAGUGAAAGCCAAAUUCUCGUUGUAAGUGAUGGAUUCUUUCUAGCUCUUUCUGCUGCGAAACUUGGAGCAAAAAAUAUAUUUUUUGUAGAAACCAAUCGCAUAUCCAGGAAAAUUUUGGAGGAAUAUAUCAAAGUCAACAGAAUUGAAAAUGUUACUGUAAUUCCAUCUUUGGAUAAUUUGAAGGAAGUAAAUCUCAGAGAUGUAAAUAUAGUUUUGGGUGAACCAUACUACAUUACCAGUAUUUUGCCGUGGGAUAACUUAAUGUUCCUUUAUCUGUUGAAAGGAAUGACAAAAUUUGUUGCUGAUGAUGCUCAAAUAUUUCCAAAGAAAGCACAUAUUAGAGGUGUGGCUGUUCAUUUCAAAGAUUUGUUCAAAAUUAGAAGUCCCCUCAGAAGCUGUGAAGGAUUCUUGAUGAAAAAUUUUGAUGAGCUUAUCGAGGAAUCCUGCAAGAUAAGUGAUGAUAAUGUGGAGGCUCAACCUCUCUGGGAGUAUCCUGGACGUGCCCUUAGUUCAGUAGCUGAUAUUGCUGAAAUAGAUUUGAUUAAUAUUCCUGAAGAAUCUUUGGAACACAGAGGAAUAUUUCACAUACAAGGAAAUUUGGAGUGUAAUGGCAUAGCUCUUUGGGUUGACUGGAAUUUGGAUGAUUCCCCAGACAGCACUAUUACAACGGGACCAAUUCGCCCCAUUGAAAUAGGAAAAAAUAUUCACUGGGACAUGUACACUCGGCAAGGAGUAUGUCUUUUUCCUGGGCGCAACCAUGAAGAAAUCGAAUAUAAUUUUAAGUUUGACUUUCAUGAUGGUAACAUCACAUUCAAAUGUCUAUAAGCGUUUCAGUUUCAAAAAACAAAAAAUCAUUGUCAUAUAAUGAUAGUAAAUAGUGUGUUUUUAACGUG